UGUCCUUUGGUUUUGUCCGGGGGCGGGCCCGCGGCGGCGCCGGGGCCGCGGCGUCGACAACUGAGGUCUCAGAGAGCACCAGCACCGUUCCGGUGUGCCGGCGGUGGGCGCGCGGCGGGCGCGGCCCAGGGGAGCGAUGUGUGUGCUGCGGGCCUUCCCCAAAACGUCCCCAACUGGCCCGAGGGGCGCUCCCACACCCUGAAACCCUAUGCUGUGGUGAGUUUUGGCUGGCUAGUGCCUUACAGGAACGCUAGCCGCUUUUCUAUAAUCGAGCAGCUUCGUGUCGCGUGGUCGCACAGACAGCCUAGCCAGGUGCGACGUUGCGCAAGGAGGAAAAGAGGGGCAUUCACGCAGCGCUCACAGCGGACGGGGUGCCAAAACGCCAGUCGUGCAGCCAGAACAAGCAAAUGGAGCACAAAACAGCAGACGUGAACGCCUUGAGCAUCAAACAGCUCAAAGCAUUGAUCGGCGCGGCAGGGCUCAGUACCGCCGGCUGUGUGGAAAAGAGCGAUUUGAGAGCAAAAGCAACAGAAGCCCAGCAGCGCCUCGCGAGCGUGCCCAGCACACCACAAACGCCGGGCGCGCAGACGCUCGGCGGCUACGAGUGCCUGGUCAAGGGCGACACGAAUAACGUAGAUCUGGCGGUGAUCCUGCUGCACGGCCUCGGGGCGAGCAACAGCGACCUCGCGUCGCUGGCGCCGAUGCUGCGCAUUCCAGGAAAACGCGUCCUCUUCGUGUUUCCGCAGGCGCCCGAGCACCCGCUGAUGCAGACGGCCUGGUGGCAGCUUGAUGUGAUGAAGUUCAUGACGCUGAGCCAGCAGGGGCCGGGCGGCGCCGGCGUCGCCGCCGCCAUCAGGGACGAGCCCGUCGGUCUGAAGGAGUGCCGCGUGCAGAUGCAAUCAUUGAUUGAUGACGUCUGCAGGAUGGGCGGCGUGGGUUUAGAUAGGGUCGUGCUCGGCGGCUUCAGCCAGGGCGCCAUCACGGCCUUGGACGUGGCGCUCCAGGGCGACCGGAACCCCGCGGGCGUCCUGUUCAUGUCCGGGGCGCCGCUGGUCGUCGACCAGUGGGCACAGCGGCUCCCGAGCCACCGCGGCAUGCGCGUGCUCAUGACGCACGGCGCGAGCGACCCCGUCUUGCCGGCCGUCGCGAGCGGCUGGGCGCGCGACCUGCUCGUGCAGGGCGGCGCGUCCGUCGUUUCCAAAAACCACGCCGGCGGCCACGACCUGGGCGGGCCCGACGUGCUCCAGGCCAUCGCCGAGUUCGUCCGGAGCUCCAUCCCCGGCGCAUGCGCUCCGGGCACCUCCUGUGGCCCAGGCGGCUGA